AUGAGCAAUACGAUCGGUAAGAUUUCUUUAUGUAAUUUUAAUAAAAGACGUAUCUUUGAGAAGUAUUUGCCUGAGUCUUCAUUUGAGGCAUCAUUUCAUACUUUGUACGAAGUCAAGACAAUUGAUUUGGCACAAGUGAAACUCUUUAAACAAGUAGAAAGCGUUUUUUUAUUAGACGUAUGGAUUAACCCAACUCCAGACAGAGCUGGCCAAGUUUUAGUACCAAGUGAUCAAAAAGAAUAUUUCGAAAAGGAGCUGUUUGAUGCUGGAAUAGAGCUCAAAGUUAUUGUUGAGAAUAUCAAAGAUAUACUGGACUUUGAAGAUAAAUUGUUGUCAAAAAGAAUCACCUACAACACCAAUAAUAACACAAGAAAUAAUGAGAUUUUAACUAGAAUCCCAACUUAUGAAGAGGUAGCAGCGUAUCUUCAGGAAAUUGCACGAACAUAUCCAGACAUCGUCAGUCUCGAAAAUGGCGGCAAGAGUUUCGAAGGCAGAGAUAUUUGGUACCUGAAGAUUUCCACCACGAAGUUCCAGGAUCCUAGUAAACCAGUGGUGUUUAUGCAGUCUCUACUACAUGCCAGAGAAUGGAUCACGUUACCAGCCACUUUAUAUGCCAUCCAUAAACUGGUGGUAGAUGUGUCUGAGCGAGAUGUAUUACAAGAUGUAGAUUGGAUCAUAAUGCCUAUAGCUAAUCCCGAUGGAUAUGUAUUCAGCCAUGCUGAGUCCAGAUUCUGGCGCAAGAACCGUGCCAAUAAUUUCGUCGGCAUCUGCGCAGGGGUCGACCUCAACCGAAACUUCGACGUCAACUGGGGCGAAGCUUCCAGCAGCAUCUCCUGCAUGGACACAUUCCACGGUCCCCAGCCCUUCUCCGAACCAGAAACUCGAGCCAUCAGGGAUAUCAUGCUCGAACACGGUGAUCGCCUCGAGCUAUUUCUUGAUAUUCACAGUUUCGGCAGUAUGAUCCUAUUUGGCCAUGGAAAUGGCGUGUUACCACCUAAUGGUCUGAUCCUCAAUCUCCUUGGAGUGCAAAUGGCUCAAGCUAUUGACGCUGUGAAAGCUGAUUUCAAUCCUAAUUACGUCGUCGGUAAUGUCGCUCAUGUCCUGUAUGACGCUUCAGGCAGCGCUAUGGAUUACGCCAAAGUUGCUGGUGCACCUUUUGCGUAUACUUAUGAAUUGCCUGGUUUGAGAUUAGGAGUAGGUGCAUUUGGAUUCUUAGUGGACCCUUCAUUCAUUCCACAAGGGAGUAUGGAGACUUGGGAAGGAAUCAAAGUUGGUGCGAGAUUUGUGCGUGAUUUAAGGAUUAGAAAAUUCAAAGGAAUAAUAUGAGAUUUUGUUGAUUAAAUACUUUUAAAAAUAAUUGUAUUUUUUUCAUGAGCUAAAAAUGUACUUGUAGUAAAUUAUAGUAUUUUUUCAAAAAUUGAAAAAAAUUAAAUCUUAUAUAGUAUGUCUUAAUCAAAGGUCCAAGCUUCAGACUUCAGAAAACCAGAGG